GCCGCCGUCAGGGCCCGCCCCCCAACUCCCCUUUCCGCCUGGGCAGGGUCCUCGCGGCCCAUGCUGGCCGCUGGGGUCCCACGCAGCCCAGACCGUUCCCGGGCCGGCCAGCCGGCCACCAUGGUGGCCCUGAGGCCUGUGCAGCAACUCCAGGGGGGCUAAAAGGCUCAGAGUACAGGCCUUGGGGCGCGAGGGUCCCGGGCUUGAGCCCCGCGCCAUGGCCGGGGCCAUCGCUUCCCGCAUGAGCUUCAGCUCUCUCAAGAGGAAGCAACCCAAGACGUUCACCGUGCGGAUCGUCACCAUGGACGCCGAGAUGGAGUUCAAUUGCGAGAUGAAGUGGAAAGGGAAGGACCUAUUUGAUUUGGUGUGCCGGACUCUGGGGCUUCGAGAAACCUGGUUCUUUGGACUGCAGUACACAAUCAAGGACACUGUGGCCUGGCUCAAAAUGGACAAGAAGGUGCUGGAGCAUGAUGUUUCAAAGGAAGAACCAGUCACCUUUCACUUCCUGGCCAAAUUUUAUCCUGAGAAUGCCGAAGAGGAGCUGGUUCAGGAGAUCACACAGCAUUUAUUCUUCUUGCAGGUAAAGAAGCAGAUAUUAGAUGAAAAGAUCUACUGCCCUCCCGAGGCUUCUGUGCUCCUGGCUUCUUACGCUGUCCAGGCCAAGUAUGGUGACUACGACCCCACUGUUCACAAGCGAGGAUUUUUGGCCCAAGAGGAAUUGCUUCCAAAAAGGGUAAUAAAUCUGUAUCAGAUGACUCCAGAAAUGUGGGAAGAGAGAAUUACUGCCUGGUACGCAGAGCACCGAGGCCGAGCCAGGGAUGAAGCUGAAAUGGAAUAUCUGAAGAUAGCUCAGGACCUGGAGAUGUAUGGUGUGAACUACUUUGCAAUCCGGAAUAAAAAGGGCACAGAGCUGCUGCUUGGAGUGGAUGCCCUGGGGCUUCACAUCUAUGACCCCGAGAACAGGCUGACCCCCAAGAUCUCCUUCCCGUGGAAUGAAAUCCGAAACAUCUCAUACAGUGACAAGGAGUUUACUAUUAAACCACUGGAUAAGAAAAUUGAUGUCUUCAAGUUUAACUCCUCAAAGCUUCGUGUUAAUAAGCUGAUUCUCCAGCUAUGUAUCGGGAACCAUGAUCUAUUUAUGAGGAGAAGGAAAGCUGAUUCUUUGGAAGUUCAGCAGAUGAAAGCCCAGGCCAGGGAGGAGAAGGCUAGAAAGCAGAUGGAGCGGCAGCGCCUCGCUCGAGAGAAGCAGAUGAGGGAGGAGGCCGAACGCACGAGGGAUGAGUUGGAGAGGAGGCUGCUGCAGCUGAAAGAAGAAGCGACAAUGGCCAAUGAAGCACUGAUGCGGUCGGAGGAGACAGCCGACCUGUUGGCUGAAAAGGCCCAGAUCACCGAGGAGGAGGCAAAACUUCUGGCCCAGAAGGCCGCAGAGGCCGAGCAGGAAAUGCAGCGCAUCAAGGCCACAGCCAUUCGCACAGAGGAGGAGAAGCGCCUGAUGGAGCAGAAGGUGCUGGAGGCCGAGGUGUUGGCGCUGAAGAUGGCUGAGGAGUCAGAGAGGAGGGCCAAAGAGGCCGAUCAGCUGAAGCAGGACCUGCAGGAAGCGCGUGAGGCAGAGCGAAGAGCCAAGCAAAAGCUCCUGGAGAUUGCCACCAAGCCCACGUACCCGCCCAUGAACCCAAUUCCAGCACCGUUGCCUCCUGACAUACCAAGCUUCAACCUCAUUGGUGACAGCCUGUCUUUCGACUUCAAGGAUACUGACAUGAAGCGGCUUUCCAUGGAGAUAGAGAAAGAAAAAGUGGAAUACAUGGAAAAGAGCAAGCAUCUGCAGGAGCAGCUCAAUGAACUCAAGACAGAAAUCGAGGCUUUGAAACUGAAAGAGAGGGAGACGGCCCUGGACAUUCUGCACAACGAGAACUCCGACAGGGGCGGCAGCAGCAAGCACAAUACCAUUAAAAAGCUCACCUUGCAGAGCGCCAAGUCCCGAGUGGCCUUCUUUGAAGAGCUCUAGCAGGUGACCCAGCCACCCUAGGACCUGCCACUUCUGCUCCCGGCACCGCCCGAUGGACCAGACACCGAGAGCCAUCCGUAGGGAGCUGGCUGGGGGUUUCCGUGGGAGCUCCCGAACUUUCCCCAGCUGAAUGAAGAGCCCAGCCUCUCUUAUGUGCAAUUGCCUUGAACUACAACCCUGUAGAGAUUUCUCUCAUGGUGUUCUAGUUCUCUGACUUGAGUCUUUGUUUUAAGAAGCAUUUGUCUUCCUUUGUCUAA